AUGGAGUUGACCAAUAGGACCAAUGUCCGAGAAUUCAUUUUGUUGGGAUUUGGGGUAGAGCAGCACUAUCAAUCCCUGCUUCUCGUCUUUUUCACCCUUCUCUAUGUCCUCACUUUGAUCGAGAACAUCACCAUUAUCACACUGGUGCUCUUAGAUGCUAAGUUGUCCCAGCUUCCUAUGUACAUCCUCCUGAGCAAUUUCUCCUGGAUGGAGAUCUGCUACGUGAGUAGUAGUGUGCCCCGGAUGGUCUUUGAUCUGGCUUCCUCUAACAAAAUUAUCUCUUUCCAUGAAUGUUUCAUUCAGUUCUACUUCUUUUUCUCUCUCGGAACGACUGAAUUCUACUUCCUUUCAGCCAUGGCUUUGGAUCGGUACUUGGCCAUCUGCUACCCACUCCGCUACCCACAAAUCAUGUCUUCAACGUCUUGUUAUGGCCUGGUGGCUUUUUGUUGGGUCUUUGGAUUCCUGGGACACGUUGUUCCACUAACCCUGAUCUCCAGGUUGUCCUUCUGUGGACCCAAUAUCAUUGACCAUAUUUUGUGUGAUCCUGGACCACUUCUGUCCUUGGCUUGUCCUCCACUUGGAUACGCUCCGCUUAGCAGUCAAAUUGCCAUGUAUGUCCUGUUCUUUGGCAAUGUCUCCUUUGUUAUGUUGUCAUAUAGCCUUGUAAUUUUCACCCUGAUGAAAUCUUCCAACCAAGGGAGUCAGAAGAAGGCCUUCUCCACCAUAUCUAUGCACAUGUUGGUGGUGACAAUUUUCUAUGGCUCAGUUGGAGGGGUGUAUUUAAUUCCUGGUGGAGAAAACCAGUCAGAGGUCACUAAGGUAGGAACUGCCUUCUAUGCUGCUGUCACACCUUUUCUCAAUCCUCUGAUUUACUGUCUGAGGAAUGACCAGGUGAAAGAGGCCCUGGGCAGGUUGCUGAGCAGAAUGAUGGGGCUGGUGUUGAGAAAUGCCACAGUUUAA